UCUUAACUCACCACAAGCCGCAAACAACGCGUCCGCCAAAACGUAAAGCGCCUUAAAGUCAAGUACUCCAUCACUCAGUCAAUCACAAUCGGAAAUUCUUCAGUGCAUACGUGUGUGUGUAUGUGUGUGUCUGUGAGCACGCAAAUUUAGUGCCAAAAUGUAUCUACUCUCCAGCAUUGUUCUCUUCACGCUGGUGGCUUGCAUUAGUGCUGAUGUCUCACAUUUGCCACGCACCUACUUGCCGCCGUCAACUGGAUCUCGUACGGUAACUUUCAAUCCUAGCACAGGAUAUUCGACCGGUAGCAGUGGCGUUGGUAUUGGCGCUGGAGUUGGCUUUAGUAGUGGCAGCAGUGUUGGUCAUCGUUACACAGCACCGUCCACCUCCUACAGUGCACCCACUGCACAUGUGAUUGGCACCUCAUCGAGCUCUAGUGGUUAUUCGGUGCCAGCCGCGCCAUCACGUAAAUAUAUAGCGCCAGUACAGGCUCCCGCUCCAGUAAAAUAUACCGUUUCAUCGACGGUGCAUCAUGCGCCUGCACCAGUAUAUCGCGCUCCAUCCGUGAGUUACAUUGCCCCUGCUACUCACACCACUUCUUAUCGCGCUCCAGCCGCCACAUACAGCGCACCAGUCGUUCAUCACACAGCACCUGUGCGACAAUAUCACGUUCCCCUUGUAUCGCAAAGUACAUCAGCAUCAGGUCAAUAUCGCGCACCAGCUCAGGUCUACAGUGCUCCGGCUGCUGUGAGUCACAGCACCUCAUCGGGUUCUUAUAGGGCACCCUACUCAUACAACCCGCCUGCACAAACUUAUCAUGCGCCAGCAGUACAAUACCAAUCUCCCACUGUUACAUAUAGAGCACCAGCGGUACAACAUCAUGCUGCCGCUGGCUCGUACAGAGCUCCUGCACCUCAGUAUCAUGCUCCUGCUGCCACUUAUAGAGCACCUGCAGCUGUCACUAGCUACAAAGCUCCAGCUUCUUCUUACAGCGUAUCCACUUCUACAUACAACGCUCCAGCCGUUUCUUCCAGUAGCUUUUCCAAUGGUUCAUAUCAAGCACCAGCUGUGCAAUAUAGAGCUCCAGCGGUCUCUUAUAGCGCUCCAGCCAAACAAAUUUCGACCUCAUCUUCCAGCCUCGGUACCCAGUAUGCGGCUAAUGGUGGUUAUAUCUAUUAGAACCCUUUCUAACGAUCUUUUAAGUGUUUAGAUGUUGGUAUUAUCUCGCUUCGAAUUGGUUUAAAGCAAAAUUAAUAUAUUUUUUAUAGAAACAGAUUC